AUGAAAAGAGAUUUUGAAAAAUAAAACAAGAAAAAUAUCGGUUUAGCAGAAAUAUUUAACAAACUGAUAUAGAUUACAUUACAUUGUAAAAAAAGCGUAAACAUACACUAUCAAGUGUAGCUCAUACUUCUAUUUAUUUGUAAAUUUUAGUUAGUAUUCUUUUUAAUUUAGCUUGAGUAUUUAUGGUAAGAAGAAAAAAAUUAUUAUUUAUUGCAAAAAGUCUUGCUUCUAAUAUUUCGAACAGAUAUUUUUUUAUAAACAUUUGAAAUGGUAAACAAGUUUGUAAUAUAUAUAAUUCUAAGUAUUCUAAUAAUUUAAAAGCUCCUAUGUGCUUUUUCAUAAUCGGAUUUGAAAAUAAAAACCAGAUAUAUUUAUUUAAAUAAAGUGCUUGGGGUUUACUUUUAAUUAUAUUAUACUUUUUUUCAUAUUAUACUUACUACAUUAGUUUGUUUAUUCUUAGCUCAUUAAUUUAAUCAAUUGCAUGUAAACAAUUUAUAUUAUAUUCAUUUAUUAUUCGGAAUUUUAUGUUUUGUAAUUUUAUAAUUAGAAGCAAUUUAUCAUUUAUAAAUUAGUGAAUCAUCAAUAGAUGGAAAGAUUAUAUGUUUUGAUAGAAUAAGAAUUACAGUAAAAGAUUACAUAAUGUAUAUUUUAAACUUAAUUGUUAUAAUCUUAUUUUCAGUAGUGAAAACUACUCAAUUGAUUUCUUGGAUAAUUCACUUGCUCAUUUUAUUAAGUAUUUCAUUGAAUACAAUUAAUUUAUAAGAAAAUCAGACAGUUAUUGAAAAUACUAAAAAAAAUAUAAUAUACUUUUCUGAUUCAUUUAGUAUAAUCUAUGUUUUUUAUUCAUUAAUCUAAUUAAUAGUUUAGAAACAAUAAUUUUAAGUAUUAAUCUAUACAAUCUUUUCGUUUCCUUUAUUACUAAAAAUAUUGAUAAAAUUUGAUUAAUAUUCAAAUACAAAAUUAGAUCAUCAAGCAUUUUCAAAAUCGAAAACUAAUAUAUUUGCAAUAACUCAGUUUUUGUUAAAAAAAUAAAAUAAUCAUUUCCAACCUUUGAUAUUUAAACUAUAUAUCCAUAAUUAUCAUUAGAAAUCAUGUAGAGAUAUAAAAUGCAUUUGCAGUUAAGAGAUAAUAUACAUAGAUCCACGAGAUGCAGCUGGACUUACUUAAAAUAUUUAUAAAGAUUUUGUACAUUAAAAAUUAAAGCAAAUGAGAAAAUUUAUUUUCAAUCAAAAUAUUGGUAACAUAAAUUAAAUCUAAUAUUAUACAAUUCUUUAUGGAGUUUUGUUAGCUAAUAAUGGAUGGCCUAUUUAAUCGAUUAAGCAUUUUAAUUAAUUAAUAUAUGGAUAAUUAUCUAAAAGCUCUUUGAAAAGUGUCAAUUCAAAUGUAUAAAAUCCUCAUUCAUUUUCUGCAACUUUAAGAAAUGACUCUUCUUCACAAACAUAAACAGAUCCAGAUAAAAAAAUCGAAAAUAUUAAAAAGAAUAAUAAAACAAAAGUAUAUAAGCAUACUAUUUCAUAUUAAAUUAAAUUUGAAUAAACUUAAAUGUCAAAAAUAUUUUUUAUUUAAAAUUAAAUUAGGUAAAAUUUGAAAUAUUUUUUUGGCAAUUCAUAAUUAACAGCUGAAAUGCAUAAUGUAUCUGAAUAAAUAUAAAAUUUUAUUGAAUAAGAAAUGAAAAUAGAUUAAUAUGUUAAAGAUAUUAAAAAAAUCUUAAAAAUUAAACUUAAAUAUUUUGAAAAUUUAAUGACUUAUAUUAAAGAAAAGAGAAUAUCUGAUCUUCUGAAAUCAUUAAUGGAUAUAACAAACAAAAUGAUAUCAUUUAAAAACACAUUACUUUCUUAAUAUGAAAUUCUUUAAAGUAAAAGAUUAUAAUCGUUGUAAAUUUUUUUUGAGGCUGAAGUGUUUAAAAAUUAUUUAGAUGCAUUUAAAAUGCAGAAUUAAUCGACUCUAUCAGAAGACUAAAUAUAGAUUAUUAAUAGAACUCUUAAUAUAAAUUUUAAUACUAAUGACAUGAGCUAUAUUAUAUUAUAAAUAGAUGAUGAUCUUUAAAAUGCAGAAUUGAUAAAAUUUUCAUCUAGCUUAUUAAAAUUAGUUGAUACUAAAGAAGAUUUAAGUUUUGAAUAAUUAUUUUUACCAUUUAUUUUGAGGGAGCAUCCUCUUCUAAUUUCAAGAUUUUUUAAAAUAGGAUAAUCAAAGUAUUUUAAACAAUUUAAUUAAACGUUUCUAAGAACCAAAAAAAAUAUGGCUAAAUCCAUAGUUUUUACUUUUGAUAAUAUUGUAUAAUUUAAAUAAGACAAGAUAAUUUUAGUUGGAUUAUUGCAAGAAAUUGUAAUUCAAUCAGCUUACAUCAUGGUUGAUGUAAAUCAAAUUGUUGGUGGAAUAACAAAUUCUUUUUUCUCAUUAUUAGGAUAUAAUUCUUAAAUCAUCGAAAGUAUUCCUGACUUUUCGAUAUUUUAUUAAUUAAAGAUAACUUAAAUUUUUCCAAAUUUUAAUGAUCUAAUUUAAAAUGAAGAUUAACAAUCUUCAUUAAAAUUUAAUAAUGUUGAUUCUUAUUUCAUAGAUUUAGAAAUGUUAAUGAAUGAAUUUUAUAUUGAAACAAUAAAUACAGUGCAAUAAUAAUCCGUAGCCUUGAAUAAACUAUGGAGUAAACAAAAUUGCAUAAAGUUUUACUAAUCUAAUAUAUCAAUUUAGGCAUAUUAAAUUUUUGGAUAUUAUUAUUACAUAAUACAUUUAGAUUCAUCGAUUUAAAAAGCAGAAUAUCUUAGUACUAGUAAGACCUUAGAAAGAUUUAGUGAAGAUAGAAGAAAAUCAGAGCAAUCAUAAAAUUUUUAAAUAAGUCAUUUAAAUAUGUCUUUUGAAGAAGCUUAGCCAGGAACAAUAAAUUAAAUUUCAAUUUAAAGUAGAGAAGGAUAUUCAGAAAAAAGUUAUAUUCAAAAUAAAAAUAAUGAUCUUUAUGCAGUUCAAGAAGUUUAAUAAGAAUAUGUAGAAUGUAAAGUGGAUUAAAUUCUAUUUGUUCUUUCACCAAAUAAAAGUACUAGUAAAUUGAUUGAUAAUUAAAGAGAAAGAUUUAUGUAAUACUCUUCAUAAUAAGAUUAUUAUACUAUAAACACAAGUUAAAAAUAAAAUAAAUAGAAUUAAAGCAAUGAUUAAAAUGAAUAAAAUUUUUAAGGUGACUUAAUAAUAGAUAAAUUAUUUAGAGAUUCUUUAAAAAGCACUGAAUUUGGAAUUAGUAAUAGUGAAGUAAUCAAAAAGUAUGAAUUAUUGAGUAGAUUAACAAAAGUAAAAACGCCUAAAAUUUUAAAAAUAACAAUUAGUACAAUAAUAAUAUUUAUCUUAAUCUAAACAAUUUGUUUAUCAUUAGUAAUUUCUAUUCUUCACAGUGAUAUUCUAUAAUUUAUUUCAGAUAUUGAGAUCAUAGCUUUACAUGCAAGCAUUUAAGGACCCCAUGAUUUAUUUUUUUCAAUGAGAAAUACAAUUUCAGCAUAUUAGUAAAUGGGAAGAGAAGGCUAUAUUCCGAAUUCAAUUGUACCAAACUUAACUGCUCCAUAUGAAAAAAAUUUAGGAUAUGGAUAUUAUGAAUUGAGAGAUAGCUUCUAUAAAUAACUUGAUAACGAAUAUUUAAGAAAUUUUCUAGAUGGAGAAAGUAUGGAAUUAUUGUUUAUGAAGAAUAAUGAUACAUAAAAUUAUGCUAUAGAAAUUAAGACUUUUAGAGAAUGUCUUUUCAUUAUUUUAUAAUAUUAAUAUGCAUAAAUGAGAGUCUUGUAAAAUAAAUUAAGUGCUUCAGGAUAGCCAUUUUAAGUAUUUUUGUUUUCUAAUUAUUACAAUAUACAAGAUAAACUUGAAAAUAUUACAAAUGAUAUUUUAACUUUUUCAAAAACAAGAAGUAGAGAAGUUGGUUAAAAAUGGAAUUAAAUCAGUAUAAGCUUUUCUAUUUUAAUAUUAAUAAUUGCAUUGAUUAUAGUAUUUUAAAUUCAUCAAUAUUAUAAAUUGUAUGAUAAAUUUUUUUAGUUACUAAAUUUUGUGGAUAAAUAAAAAAUUUCGUUUGAAAUUGAUAAGCUGAAUCAAUUAUUAAAAUAAAUUAUGAUCAAUUACGAAUACAUUUACUCUUAUUAGUUUGAUCUUAAAUAUUAAGAAUAAUUGAUGUAAAAUUAUACUGCUUUAAAUAAAAUUUAAAAUAAUAAAAAAUCAAUUGAAAACAAUUAAUAAAUUAAAAUUACAAGAAGAAAUUUUCUCAUUGCUUGGACUAUUAUUGCUUGCAUUUUUUAAGCAUAUAUUAUUGUUACAUAAAUAAAAACAAAUGAAUAUAUUAAUAAAUAUGAAGACACAGCUGAUUUUUAUUUUAUGAUAUAAAAUUUAAAAUUUAGAAGUGGUUCUAUGUAUAUGUACAGAGAACAUCUUUUUAGAUUUAAAAAUUUUACUUAUUUAACAGCUUUUGAUUUACAUAGAGCAUAUGAAUUAAUAGAUAAAGCAUAAAAAAAUGUUUAAGAAUAUUUAGAUCUAACAAGUUCAUUUUAAUAAAAUAAAUACUUAUUAUCUGAUGAGUUUAUUUCUUUUUUCUAAUACUAAUAAACUAAUGAUCUAUGUCAAUUUAUCGACUAAGUAUAAAUUAUUUUAUAAUAUUAAUAGAUUUAUUAAGAUUUUAUGUCUUUAUAUUGUGAAAAAUCGUUUGAUGGUCUAUUGAAGCAAGGUUCAAUUGCAGUUCUUAAUUUUAUGUCACAUCAAAUUAAAAAUUAAUAAGCUGUUAAUAAUUUUACAAAAAGAGUUGACGUAAAUCUUUAUGAAUUAGAAGGUUCUUAAAUUGUACUUAGAUCUUUUUUUAGAAUUUCAGAUGAAUUUUAGAUAGGCUUGAGAUUAAUUACAACAGCAUAAAACUAAUUCACUCUCAUUAUAACAAUAAUAUUCAUCUCAUAUUUAACUAUUUUCUUAUAUAUCACAUUCUUUAUAGUCAAGAAAUCAUUGAUAAAGGAGUAUGCAUUAUUGAGAAAAAUAGUAUAUUUAAUUCCUCAAUAAAUUAUAUUAGGGGAUGAGUCUUUUGAAAGAUUUCUUAAAUAAUUAGCAUUGACUUAAGAAUUAAAAUGA